AGCGCGAGCGCAGCGCGACAGUCGCGAGCGAACUGGCUUAUGUGAUAGAAUCGUGGAGAAUAUGUUCGUGAGUCUGCGUACUGGUAUCACCUCCGAGACCGACGACGUCGAAACGUUCGAGUUCGAUCGCGUUUACUACUCGUAUUAUUUAAUCGCGAAAUUAAUAUUACCAAGAACCGAAUACUCCUCGUCGACGAUGGAGGGUAUUUGAUAAAUAAAAAAAAGUGGAAAAAAAUUCGAUACUUGAUCACAGCGAGAGUGAUCCAGCAAUCCGAAUCCUCGAGCUUUCGAAUCUAAUCUUCCUCAAACGUGUGCGGUGUCCGAAAUCUUCGCGUGGUUUUUUUCGCGUCAUUUUCGAAUUAAUACCUACCUAAGUAUAAAUGAUCAAUCGUCAUGUGUCACGAGGAGGAGAUACAAUGAGUGCGACUUCGAAAUCGGCCACCAACAGUCCGAUAAUCGCGCCGAAACCGAUCAUUUCGCCGUCUUCGAUCAGCGUCACCAACAGCCCGCGAAUCUGCCGGUCGCAGAAAUACGUGCAGAAGAUCCUGGAAAAUGAGAAAGUCCAAGAAGAAGCCCGCCGAUUGCUGAUGGACGGUCAGCAGAAGCUGGUCAUUAUACCGAUGGGCAAAAGCGGAGCUAAUGGAAAGAUAACUCCCCAAGUUCGAGUCUGCUCGACGAGUGUGGCCAACAGCAGCGAUAGCAGCGAUGGUAAAAGGACACCUCCGAGAAGGAAACGACAGCAGCCCACCAAUAACGUAGGAGGAGGCAGCGGCAAUAUCUCCGGCAAAGGGUACCACCAUCAGCAUCAUCAUCAGUCUACGAUUUGGAAACCGAGUGUGCAAAAAACGCCCAGAAAUUCGCCCAGCUUGAGGAGCCUGAAGGCGAUGAAUAUCGAAGAGAAACACGAAGCUGGGCUGCUGCCACCGUCUCCCAGCUUGAGAUCGUUCACCACGUACAACGAUAUGCCGGUAUCGAAUACGCUCAGACCGUUAUCAGACGUCGUCUCCGUCAGAUCGCUGGUGUCGAUCGGGAUGGGAUCGACGGAUGGCAAGAAAUUGGUCAUUAGGAGGGUUCCGACGUCGCCUUCGGAUUUAUUGAAUUUUGCUCACGCGUCGCCAGGAAUUGGCACAGAAGAUGAUUUCUCGUCGUGCAGCAGCUUCAGCGGCACGUUAUCAGAUAUCGGUGUGAAUUACAAACCUCGUCGACGUUACUGGUCGAAUAAAUUGCAAUUUAUUUUAGCCUGCGUUGGGUACUCGAUUGGCUUAGGCAAUCUGUGGAGGUUCCCAUAUCUGUGUUACAAAAGUGGCGGAGGCGUGUUCCUAAUACCGUAUUUUCUAAUAUUAUUAAUGUGCGGACUACCGUUGAUGUAUAUGGAAUUAGCUGUCGGACAGUUCACUAGAAGAGGACCGAUCGGAGCUUUAUCAAAAUUGUGCCCAAUUUUAAAAGGUGCUGGUAUAUCGAGCGUAGUCGUAUCGUUCUUCCUAUCCACUUAUUACAACGUUAUAAUCGCAUACACCUUGUUUUACCUGUUCACCGCGUUCCGAAGCGAUCCUCCAUGGGAUCAUUGUAGUAAUCGAUGGAAUACCCCAAAUUGCUGGAAAAAAUCGUUCGACACGAUGAAUCGAACCAGACCGAUUGUGCCGAAAACGCCGGCCGAGGAAUUUUACGCGAAAAAAGUCCUACAAAUAAGUUCCGGUUUCCAAGAGUUCGGCAUCAUGCGAUGGGAAUUAGUCGCCUGUCUAUUCAUCGUCUGGGUGCUGGUGUAUUUUUCACUAUGGAAAAGCGUUCGAUCCUCCGGCAAAGUGUUAUACUUCACGGCUACCGUACCUUUCGUUUUAGUUUUAAUUUUCAUCGGUCAUUCUUUGAGCUUAGAAGGUGCAAGUUUAGGCCUACAGUAUUUGUUCUAUCCUAAAUGGGAACUUUUGCUCGAUUCAAAGGUUUGGGUGAACGCCGCAGCUCAAAAUUUCAACAGCAUGGGCAUAGCUUUCGGUUCGGUGAUCAGUUUCGCCAGCUAUAACAAGUAUAAUAAUCAAAUCGUACACGAUGCUGUGGCUGUUUCGUGUAUUAACGGUAUCACGAGCUUAUUAGUGGCUGUUUUUGCGUUCACGACGAUCGGUAAUAUUGCUUGGGAUCAAGGCGAGUCGAUCGAAAGUGUCAUAACCGAUGGACCCGGUUUGGUAUUCGUGGUGUAUCCGCAAGCCCUGUCGCAGAUUCCAUUGGCCGGAUUUUGGUCUGUUUUGUUCUUCUUCACGUUGCUCUGUAUAGGACUUAAUAGCCAGUUUGCCAUUGUCGAAGUAGUCGUGACUUCUGUUCAAGACGGUUUCCCUAAUUGGAUCAAGAGGAAGUUGGUGUGCCAUGAGAUUUUAGUGCUGGUCGUGUGCUUUGUAUCGUUUAUCGUAGGAUUACCGAAUGUUUUUCAAGGAGGUAUUUACUUUUUCCAAUUGAUCGAUCAUUUCGUCGCAUCCAUAUCGAUCAUGUACAUAGCGUUUUUCGAAGUAAUCGCCAUAGCCUGGAUUUAUGGAUCGGAUCGACUGUCAGAGAACAUCGAGAAAAUGACCAAGCACAAACCUUACUUUUUUUUCACCUACUGCUGGAGAAUCGUUACGCCUCUUCUGUUGAUGUGUUUAUUAAUAUUUAGUUUGCUGGAUUACGAGUCGCCUACGCAUGAUUCCAUUCGGUAUCCUUUAUGGGCGGAAGUGAUUGGCUGGAUGUUUGUCGGUUUAAGUUUAAUCUCAGUUCCUACGUUUGCUAUUUACGUUAUUUUAAAUACCGAAGGGAAUACCAUUAUCGAAAAAAUAUGGAAUUCGUUGAAACCCAAAUUGGACGAUUAUUGCAGUCAUCAUUCGGAUGAUUCGCAUAACGAACGUAAAGAUGUCCGAGAAUUGGAAACGUUGAUCGAAUUCAAAGUCGUCGAUAAUAAUAACGUCGAUUUGAAAACCACCUCGACGUCGACUAACCACGAACAAAAUGCAUAAUUACCUACAUUAUUAUAAAUAACGAGUCGUUAAUGAUAUCUACCUAUUUUUAUUUUUAUUUCUUUCUUUUUUUCAAAAGUACCUAAAUUAUAAGAACUGCCGAUUAUUACAAAAGAAGAGAAAAAAAUUCAAAAAUUACCUACCUACAUUUUUAUACAUAUAGAAAUUUUAUUUGUAUUUUAUUGAUUGUUUGUUUGUGUGAUUACCUACCCGAGUACCUAUAUUUUGUAAUUUGUAGUAUGAGUAUUUAUGACGAUGAAUUUUAAUAAAUGACAGAUCAUUAAAUGGAAUAAGAUGUUC